UCCUGCUCCUCUCGCAUAGACAGAAGAAUUGGAGAUCCGCAGAUUCCGAACCGCACGCCAGCAUAGCCCUGAAACGAUCGGCCGUGUCUGUCCCGCCCUGUGCGUAUCACUCAACACUCGACCACCUGAGUGGGCAAUCACGCCAUGAACACUGCUUCGGCCAGCAUGGCCGCAGCUAUCGUCCAUCCUCACCCGUCCUCAUCGAGAGGGCUCCCGAUAAAUCCAGCCCAAGGCGUACGACGAAUUCCUCUUCCGACUUUCAACAUGCCUCCCCCCCCUCCGCCGCCGCCCAUUCCCGAGAAAUACCAUGUGUCUCAUUCUAGUUCGGGCGCGACGUUGUCCGCAUCCGCCCCCAUGUCGGCACAUCAAGUCAUCAGCUAUGCUCGGGAGAAAAUGAAAGCCGCUCUUCAGGACAACGAAAGUCAGGCAGCUGAAGCGAGUGGCGUGAGCAACGAAUUGAAGCCUGGCGUUACCAUCGAUCUUAGUCGGCUGAAUAUUCAGGUCUUGCCAGAGGAAGUGGUGGACGUAAUUAAAAAUGAGCUGGAGCGAUUGGCUCUAUCUCAUAACAAGCUAACUACUUUCCCGGCGAGAUUUUCGGAAUGUACUUCUCUUCGGUAUCUCAACGUAAGGAAUAAUCGUAUCGAAGAGUUCCCACUUGCACUAUGUGACCUCAAGUCGCUAGAAAUAUUGGAUUUAGGCCGCAACAAGAUCCAAGUUCUUCCAAGAGACAUUGUAAGAUUAACUUCGCUCAAAGUGCUUUCUGUGCAACAGAACUUAAUAGAAGAGCUUCCACUCUGCCUGGCGGACAUGUUGUCUCUACAAGCACUAAAGUUAGAUGGCAACAACAUUACAUUCCCUCCUAAAGAAGUACUGCAGGUUCAAGCCAGCAGUCCACCAAACGAUGGUUAUUUGAAGGAACGGGAGGUGGCUGAGGUUACAGUCACUGCGCAAAUCAAAAAGUUCCUGAGACUACAUGCUCAGAGUUUAAGUGAAAGAGAAAAUCAUACCGAGAAUGGUGGUGAUGACUUCACGGAAAACAUUGAUACGCCACGGAUGCCCAUAAAACGGGUGACUAGCGGACGGUUUCCAAUUCGAGUCAAUGGAAGUGAUGUUACUGACCUCCGGUCCCCUGCUGUGCCUCGACCACCUCCCAUACCAUCACGAUCACAUGCACGGGGUAUGUCUCAGCAGAACACGGCUAUCAGGCGGCCAACCGUCAUGCCUCUUACAAUUGGAAAUCCCAACGAACGUGUGCGAUCCAAUAGCGAGACAGUAUUACAGGGAGGUCGAUCUGAGCGCCCGUCAGACCGAAAUCGGCGGAUGGGCAUCAUGUCGAGGAAGCCAAGUGAGCUUGGGACGUUAGACGAAGGUCAAGCGAACAACCGGUUCAGUCACUACCGUGGGCUCAGCCACGGCUCAUCUAUGACCGGAACUAUAAACCCAAAUCCCUCCACUGCUAGUCCAGGUAGUCCAGCUCCUCCUGAACCACUUCUUCAACGGCCCAAUUAUGUCCGGCGCCUCUCUGUAUUACCGGAACAGCGACGCGAAUCCAAAAUAUUUGAUCCCAUUCUCGAGUCUGCCAAGGGCAUUCUCUAUGCAAUCUUUCAAAUACACCCCCAAAUCCAGCUCUUUACUCGAUUGACAAGCGAUGGCACGGCGAAACGCUCGAGUCUUGAGUUGGUCUUCUAUAAUACAAACGUUCACGUUGAAGAGUUAGAACAGGAGAUCCAGAAGCACGAGAUUGCUCUUGACAGUGGGGGUUACGCGUCGCGGGAGAAUGUCCAACGGGCUGUCGUCACUUUAAUUAAUGCGUAUAGCCAUAUUUGUGCCCUCCUAGUGGGGAACAUGGACACUAUAGUUGAUAACGGCGACCCACGAUAUAUCCGUACGAUGAUGUUAUUACUGUAUAAUAGCAUCAUGGAGCUCCGUGUCUCUGCUUAUGAAGCUUCGAGGGGGACUACGGGAUACGUUCCCAGUUACAGUGCCCGGUGGCCAGGAUUGGACGACACAAUCAAACCACACUCUCGUGAUAACUCCGCCACCCCAACUGCUGGGCGUCCCGGUUUCGGUGCUAGAUCGCGGAUGGGUACAUUUGUGCACAACCCCAGCAAUCUUAGAGUUGCAACUGGUGUUGCAAUGCACUCCCUCCACAACAGUAAUCGAACUGCUCAAAUAAUGGCGGCUACACCCAGGUCCGGCGAGUCCUUUGCUUCCUCGAGUACUGAUCCGCGGUAUCCAACAGAUUUCCCAGCAGAAGAGCGUCAGUUUGAAAAGAUUUUCCUAUCUCUCCAAAAAUCCACGGAUUUAGUUAUGCGCACAUUACCUAGCUUGAACGUGCAGUUCAGCAAUGGUAAGCGCGCUGCAGAAAUUCAGCGAUGCCCCGAUAGUAUAGUCCAUGCCUGGAAGGCAUUGAUCACAAAGUGUACGAUUGCUAUCAGAGAGACUGAAAUGCUCAAGAGGCGACUGUCUCUGAUCAAACUGAAAGAGCCAGGAAUUCGAACCGACGCCAUUUUCUGGAGUCUUUGCAAGAGUUUUAUUGACUCUUGGGCUGAGUUUGGAAAUAAGCUGAAGCAAACCAUGGACCAGGUUAACCUGUCGGUGGAAGUUAAGGGCCGGCUUCGACCUAUCCAAAUCAGUAUCAAGGAAACUAGCAACUUGAUAAUGGCAUCACCCUGGGGAAAUCUUCUACGACGGGCUGGGCAUUACUCCGAAACCUCGAAUCACUACUCGCCGAGCCACUAUUCAUCAAGCUCUACAGGCACGCAGAUGCAGUUGCCAAUGACACCGCAAAGUGCCGCUCUAGGUCCUGCAGUUCAAGCAACAGUUCCAUCAACACCACAGAGCGGCUCCUUUGCUAGUGUUUUUUCCGGGAACGUCUUUGAACGGGCUGACGCCCUGAUCUCGAUGGGAGGCUUAAAUAUGUCUCGAACCAACACAAUGAACAGCACAUCAACAGUCUCUCUCAAUUCUCUUUCCUCAGUCACGUCUGCGGGCGAUGAGCGGCAAGGACCAUCGAUGCUCAGCCCUAAUAUAAGUACGGGUGCUGCUACAUACCGGCUUAAUGGAGGAAACAAGCCUGCAUUCUAGGCGAGUCUUGCUUUGUUUCUCCCACUCCGACGACGAAUGCACAGCAUCUAGCUGUGCGUAAUUCCAAAGUCCCAUUAUCACCAUUCUACUACACGCACUCUGGGAGUAUCUCCCUUGUACUAUACGCCG